CCGCCCCGCCGGGUCCCGCCCGGUGCCGCCGGUCCCUCCCCACCUCUAAGACCGGGGCGGGGCCGCGCAGGAGCUGCCGGGCGGUGCGGGGCGGUGCGGGGCCGUGGGAGAACCAUGGGGGCCCCCGGGCUGGAGCGGCACCGGCUGGCGCUGCUGGCGGCACGGGAGGACGUGGGCAACCCGCGGGCGGCCACCAACUGGGCCGUGUUCGCCUACGAGAAGCACCAUGACCUCAGGCUGCUGGACUCGGGAGCCGGCGGCGUGGACGAGCUGGCGGCGAAGUUCUGUGCCAGCAGCAUCAUGUACGGGCUGUGCCGAGUGCGGGACCCCGGCAGCGGAGCCCCCCGCGUCGUCCUCAUCAGCUGGGUAGGGGAGGAGGUGCCCGAGUCCCAGCGCCAGGCGUGCGCCGGACACCUGCCGGCCAUCAGAGCCUUCUUCAAGGAGGCCACCGCCGUGCUGAGCGCCCGUCGUGCCGAGGAGGUGACGCAGGAGGGGCUGAGCCGCGUGCUGGCACAGCUGGCCCCCGCCGCAGCCCCGAGCAGCAGGAGGAGCCCCCCGGCAGACGGCGAGGAGUUGGUGGGCACCAACUACCGUAAGACCAACCCGGCGUUGGAGAUCCGCCGCACCAAACGGGACUCCUUCUGGGCGCAGGCGGAGCGCGAGGAGGAGCAGCGGAAGGAGGAGGAGCGGCGCCGGGCGCUGGAGGAGCGCAGGAGAUGGGAGAGGGAGCGCAUGGAGGAGGAGCGCAGGGACGCGGCGGAGCGCGAGCGGCGCUGCAGGGAGAAGGAGCAGCGCAUCGAGGAGCAGCGGAAGGAGCAGGCGCGGAUAGAGGCGGAGGAGCGCAGGAAGGAGCAGCAGCGAUGGGAGCAGCAGCAGCGGGAGCACGAGGCUGCAAUGCGGGAUCGCUUCCGGCGCAGCGAAUCCAUUGAGAAGGCGGCGGAGGCGGCCGUGCUGGUGGCUCAGCGGACGCAGAACCCGCGGGACUUCUUCCGGCAGCGGGAACGCGCGGGAUCCGCCUCGGGCAGCACCUCGGGCACCGCGCUGCCCGCCGGCCCGCUGGGCACACGGCCCGGCGCCCGCCGCCCCUUCCUGCGGUACCAGCGCAGCCUGACCGAGUCCGCCUUCAUCUUCCGCCGCCCGGAGACUCCCGCUUCGCCCACCGCCCCCGAUCCCGGUGCCUUCCAGGCUGCGGCUCCCCCCAGCCCCCGCCGACCCCCGGGGACUCCCACCGGCCCGGCCGGGGUUGGGCCUCCGCACGCCGGUAGCCCCGUAGGGACGUGGCGCCCACCCUGUGCCGCCUUGGGGAGCCCCCCGAGACCCCCGGGGGCCGGGACUCCGUCUCCCAUCAGCCCCCCCGGGCCCCCUGCCGGCCCCUCCCGGCUGCAGAGCCCCCCCGGCCCUCCUGGAUCGGGGCCCUCAGACGGCACUCGCAGAGCGGAGCCUCUGCCCCCCAGCAGCGCUUCAGGGCUGGGCCCCCCCAGCAGCACCGCCGGGGGGCCGCCGCCCCUCAGCCCCCCCCGGCAGCCCCCCACCGGCACCGUGGAGGACGAGGCUCUGCCCCUGCCCAGCCCCCCCAGCACCCCCUUGGAUGAGGAGGGCCCCCCCCCGGGCACCCCCCCGCUGCCCAGCCCCCCCGCGUGGGGGGCUCCGGAGCUGCCGGUUGGGCCGGGCGAGGGGGUCCUGAGCCCUCGGGAGGGCCCCCCUCCACCUGGGCUGCCCCCCGUCCCACCGCCCCCCCGCAGCCCCAGCCCCCCCGGCCCGAAGGAUGCAGCACUGCCCUGCGAGCUGCAGCAAGGGACAGCUGGGGAGCACCAGGCGGAGCCGAAAGUGAGCAACGGGGGGCAGAAUGGCCUUGGGGACUGGGCACCGCCUUGGGAGCCCCCAAAGCAGGGCGGCGGUGCCACCAUCCUGCCGCAGCCGCUGCACAAAGCCAAGCCAGGUUUCACCCAGCUCCUGACCCCCGGCGCCUCCCCCCCGCCCGAGGACAAGGAGUUUCCCCCCCACACUGUGUAGUUCGGGUUGGGGGCAGCAGCUCUACGCCCCCCCGCUGCUCUCCACGCACCGCGCGGCCGGGGCUGCCCCGCACCUCACCCCGCAGCCCCCCGGCGCCGCGCC